CCGCGGGCGGUGGGCAUGGGAAGGGCGGGCGCUGGCGCUGGUCCAGGCUGCUGGCUGCUCUGCUGGGGCUGGCUCCUGGCGGCCGGGCACCUGCGGGGGGCAGAAGCGGGCUGCGGCCGGCGGGGGAGCCCCCGCUGCUGCCCCGGGCGCAAUAACGCGUGCGCCGACCUCAGCGGGCCCGGGGCCCCCUGCUACUGCGACACUCACUGCGAGAAGACGGGCGACUGCUGCGAGGAUUACCCCGGCGUAUGCCAGCGAGCGGCAGCCGUCCACUGCGUGGUGGGGCCCUGGGGUCCUUGGAGCGAGUGCAGCUCCCUGUGUGGGGUCGGUAGCCAAGACCGGACUCGGCAAGUCACUGUCCCACCCCGAAACGGAGGGACCCCCUGUCCAGACCUCAAGCAGCGGAGAGGGUGCUUUGGGGAGAACCCAGCCUGUGAUACGGCUCAAGAGGUGGCUAAGAUUUUGCCAGAUUCUUUUAAAAGGGACUUUAAGGACCCCUGGAGAAGACCUCACAUGCUGGUGAAGGAGAAGCAGCCAAGUUACUGCAUCUAUUUCCGCCUGAAACAGGUGGGAGCCGCCUGCCGCCUGCACUCGUGGAGCAGCCAGCUGAUGAGAGAGAGGCAAGUCUGUGUGGAGUGCCGGCCGGAUGCUGUGGGCAGCAGGGCCCGAUGCAAGGGGGAUGGGCUGGAGGGAGCCAGGACAUUCUGGACUGCUACCUCCAUUGCUGGGUGCCAGGGUUCGUGGAUCCAGGAGUCUCUGCAUGAGAACUGUGUGUGUCCUCCGCUGUCGCUCAUCUUUGUGUAACCUUCUGUCAACCUGGGUCAUGAACUUUCAAGGAGAAGGGGAGAGUGACCGAUUGAAGCUGAUGACCCAGCCUUUUCUGGUUAUCACUAGAAAACAGGCAGAAGAAGUGAAGGACAGACCUCCUCUGAAUGAAGUUCUUGCUACACUUUUUACCUCGUAUCACUUUCAUUAGAAACUCUCACUUCCUAUGAAAUUUAUAUUUUUGGCCACAUACCUAUGUAUUGCUUGAAAACACAAGCCUGUCUUUGUUCUUUUGGACUUUCUAUUGCUGAAACCUUGCUACCUACCUCCAGCACUGCAGCUAGAAUGGAAGACCACUCUUCUUGUGUGUGUCCCAUUAUUUUGCAGAUUUUAACAACAAAAGAAAAGAAGAAAAUUGCAAUAAACCUAUUUAAAAAAACAUUUUUUUAAAAA